ACAAAAAGCACCCUUCACACUCUCAACUUGUCUUCAAACACAGUCACCAACAACAGCACCAAUAAUCACUUCUAUUUCUUUCUCUCUGUCUCCUCGAUUUCCCUCCAGAACACCGCAAUAACGGUCAUAUUUCCCGAUAAAAAAGGAAAACUACCUCAAACCAGCAGUACCAAUCUCAAAACCGAUUUCACAUCUUUCUUCUUCGCCAUCUGAUCUCAAACCACGUGUAAAACAUGCACAGACCAAAAAGCUUCUUCGUCUUUUCGCCCUACUUUCACCGACUCAUUCUCCUCCUCUUCCUUCUCACACUCACCCCGUUUUGUGGCGCUUCUGGCGGCGGCGGGGGCAUUCCGCCGCAGGAGCUCUGGUGCGUGGCGAAAAACAACGCGGAGGACUCGGAUCUGACGACGGCGCUGAAUUGGGCCUGUGGGCCUGGUGGGGCCGACUGCAGCCCAAUCCAAAAUGGAGGACCAUGCUACGACCCAAGCAAUACUCCGCUUAUGGCUUCCUAUGCUUUCAACGAUUACUUCCUGAAGCAUGGCUUGACCGAUGAUAGCUGCAGUUUCAGUAACACCGCUGCUGUUACUUCUUUGAACCCUAGUAAUGAUAAAUGCAAGUUUCCUUCCAGUUUGAGUGUGAGCAAUGGAGGUGUUACCGGAACAAUGUCGUCGACGUCAUCGUCGUCAUCAUCAUCAGUGGGAUUGGGACCCAGUGAGGAUAUGAGUGGAGGCAGCAAAGUUUCUUUGAGGUGGUGGUUUUGGCUUUUGAGUAUAUCACAUUUGCUGCUCAUGGUUUCAGUUUUUGGAUAGUAAGAAGUAAAACUAUUUUUAGUAGCCCCUUGAAUUGGGAAAGGAAUAUGGCAAAACAUAAAGAUGUUUCCCCUUCCUUGUUCACUUUCACAUAGCUUAGGCAAUUUCUAAGAAUAUUAACUAAUAUGCGUUUACUAUGACAGAUUAAGGUUAAUGAAAUAUAUAUUUUUGUUCCUGCCUAUCAUAUCAUCUUUUGUCUCUAAGAACUAAUUGGUUUGGAGCUUUCUCUUCACACAAAAUUCUGAAAACAAAAGCAAAAUUCAAUCCGUUUUGGUCACAUAUUCGUUUUUCACUUGAAUGUGAUUCAGAACAAUCUUGAUGUGUGUUAAUUCUUAAUUGCUUCUUGAUAAAAAAGAAAGGGAUCGAGUCAAUUCUUCUCUAUUUAACAAUCGUUUGAGAAAAAGAACUUUCAUCCCAAGUCCCCUCAAAUUGAGAGUUCUGGUGGAAUGGGAUUGAAUCAUUUCCAUCCUAAACAUUCUAUACAUGAGUCUGUGCUAAUGUAACGUGUGAUAAUGCUCUAAAGUAUCUUGGGGAAGAUAUAUAUGAUAGCUAUCAGCACCUAUAGUAGCUGUCAUAUGUUUUCUA